AUGGCCCAAGAUGCAGAACUCGCCAAGGAGCUGCCUCUUACUGGGGUGAUUCUUUGCUGCACUUCUAUCCUCGCAGAACAUCGAUCGCAAUUGACCGAUGUUGCCUGUCAGAUGGGCGCAAUUCACAAGUUUGACCUGACAUCUGAGGUCACUCAUCUGAUAGUUGGCGACAUAAACACCCCUAAAUAUAAAUAUGUGGCCAAAAUGCGAACAGACGUCAAAGUCCUUCGAGCUGAAUGGGUAGAGGCUGUUCGGUCGUCAUGGAUCCAGGGCGGUGACACGGAUAUUCAUGCACUGGAGACUGAAUACAGACUUCCCACCUUCUUCGGACUCUCAAUUUGUAUCACUGGGUUUGAGGACACGGGCUUUAGGAGUCACCUCGAGAAAACCGUCAGUGCAAAUGGGGGUGAAUUUCGGAGAGACUUGACGAAGGCUGUCACCCACCUAGUCGCACGUACAUGCGAAGGCAACAAGUACAAGUUUGCCAUUCAAUGGGGGGUAAAAGUUGUAAGCCUCAAAUGGCUUGAGGAUAGCAUUAAGCGCACCAUGGCGCUCGAUGAAACUCUGUACGAUCCUCAACUUUCAUUAGAAGAGCAAGGGGUUGGGGCGUGGAAUCGAGCUAUGCCUACUGUUGUCAAGAGAAUAGUGAAGCACCAGGACAUUCUUCCUCCGCGUACUCGAAAGCUACGUAAGGUUGCGAGUAUGAAACUAGGGGACCAGACUGAGGGUAUAUGGUCUGCCCUUGUACCAAACCAUUCUACAGCUGCCGAGAACAAUGAUAAUUCUCAGUAUGACGGGAGUCAGCAGUUAACAGCAGAUUCACGCUCGAAUUUGCUAGAUACCAAAUCUUUUGCAAGCGAAACCACAUUCCCUGACCGGUAUGGUAGUGUAUCUCAUGAGAUUAAACCAUCACCAACUGCCGAACCUGAAAAAACACCAUCAAAGGGGUUUUGGGAUAAUUGUAGGUUUUUUAUAACCGGUUUUACAGCCGAGCAGACACAGAUACUGGAAAUUCAUCUUACAGCGCAAGAUGCUCGUAUUUCACCAUCAUUGGAUGACUUACUAAAGCAUGACAAUCAACUAUUCGUGCUUGUCCCGUAUAGUUUGCCCCGGCGAGAGAUCCCAGGGAUUGACGAUGACUUGGACGAACUUGAAAUUGUUACGGAUAUGUGGGUUGAGCGAUGCCUACGUAACCAAGCUUUUGUUGCCCCGGAAGCUCAUAUAACAAGCACUCCUUUUCCAAAAUUUCCAAUUCCAGCAUUCCAGGGCAUGAAAAUAUGUUCAACUGGGUUUUCUGGGAUUGAUUUGCUCCAUCUUAGUAAACUCAUUAAUCUUCUAGGAGCGACAUAUGAUGAAUAUCUAACUGCUAACGCUUCGGUACUCAUCUGUAACACUUCAACUCCCAGCCCGGAGAAGCUGAGGCAUGUGUUUGAAUGGAAUAUACCUCCUGUGAUUGCGGAUUGGUUAUGGAUAUCUGUUCAAACAGGAGAAAAGAAGCCAUACCAGCCAUACUUGAUUCCCGAUAAGCGUUCAAAUUCUCAAAAGGGACAUGGGUUAACGCCACGCCGUCACGGAGAGCAAACUGCCCCUCUGGGCCACUACUCCAUAGACCAGGAAUCCCCUGAUGCGUUGCAAAACAGGGAUAAAGACAACAAGGAACGCGAAGCAGACACUAUGGAAACCCAGCUUACAGCUCCGCUUAAAGAAGUUCCCACAAACCUCCCACCAAAGCCUUCCCGCUCUCCAUCUCCCCAAAAAGGAACUAGCCAGCUAAUUCAAUCAGCCCCUCCUGCACCUUUUGCGCCGGACGAUUCAGUACCCAACCCAAAGGCUAACUCCGAGACGAAAAUUUCUCUCAAUACCGCAAUCAGUGAACUUCUAAAGCAGAAAAGAUUACGCAGCCAAAACUCUACCGCUGAGGCAGAGGUCCCUGUUCGCCCCCAAAGGCGACGAAAGCUAUUAGGUAGAGCGAGCUCGUCCUGUUCCACCCUAACAACGGCGGAUGCGCAACGGGGUAUAUCUCGAGCAAGCUCAAUAGACACACUGAACGAAGACGGUUAUGGCAGUAUAAUUGAUGGGCUAGACAGCCCUUCGACAAAAGCACCAAGCUGCGCCUCACUGGGCCCUCAAAAAGGCGAUGUUGCUCACCCUGAACAGAUGGAAGCACAGCAAAUGUUACAGCGAAGGCUUGCCCUGUUUCAAAGCAACUCUGCCAAUGGAGAAUUUGCGGAGAAAGCCGUUGGCGAAGAUGAGCCCCUACCCCUAACGCAACUUGAGUAUGAUGAUCCGGACGCUGUAGCAAUGCGCGAGAUGAUCAGUAAUCAGAGUCAGAGGGAUGACGAGGCUGGCGAAGGAACUGGGCCUGGCGGUUCACGGAUAGGUCGGAAAUUAGUUAUCGGCAAACUACAGGACAGUCGAGGUGGGCGAAUAACGAGAUCUCGUAAGUCAGAGGGCUGGUAG